CAGAAAUGCAGCUGCUGUUUUAGCUCUGAUUCUGCUUCUCCUCUGUCUCGGAUUCACUCUUUCCUCCCUCUCUCCUCCCCACCCUCGCAACACCUCCCUCUCUCCCUCUCCUCCUCUCGCUAUUUUAUCCCUCUGGCUGAGGCAGUGGUGCACACCUACCCCUCGUCCUGCUGCCGACCAGAGGGGGAGUGGAGCCGGGCGGACGCAGGUAACAGCGGCGGCCCCCGGCUUGGUGGAUGCAUCCCUGCGCAUUCCUUCACCAUGCCGGACAGGGCUGGAUGCUGUCUGCUUGCCAUCAGACAGGAUCAGCCCCGUUUAAAACUCCGCAUGUCAAAGUUUGCAUGUUCAUGACGCAGCAGCAGCAGAGUGGAUGGAUUAAAGGUAUGCAGAAUGCCUUGAGCCCACGACCCUGUGACAUGUGCCGGUGAAUCUACAGAGUCCAAGCAGACACUACAUGGAUUAAUGCACCAAACAUGGGAGACCUGGAGUGUGGGUUUGAGGAAAUGCAAGGAGUGAGACUGGGAUACCUGCUCAUCAAAGGAAGGCAAAUGUUUGCAUUGUCUCAGGUCUUCACCGACCUGCUGAAGAACAUCCCUCGGACCACGGUGCACAAGCGCAUGGACCACCUAAAGGUGAAGAAGCACCAGUGCGACCUGGAGGAACUCCGCAAGCUCAAGGCAAUAAACUCCAUCGCUUUCCACGCCGCUAAGUGCACCCUCAUUUCUCGGGAGGACGUGGAGGCUCUGUACGUCUCCUGCAAGACGGAGCGAGUGUUGAAGUCCGCAAAGAAGAGGACAGCCAAAGCGGCGUGCCCCCUCGCGGGCGACGACGAGGAAGAGAGCGAGCCCCCGGGUGUCCUGCGCGCGGACGCGGAGCCUAUGUGGAAGGAAAAAGUUUGGUUCAGUUUGCACGGCGUCCCACAGCUGCAAAGCAGGACUGGAAGGAAAAGAGAGCUGAGUCCUUCUUCUUGCCUUACCGACGCCAAACUACCUCAAUUUUACCACAAAGCCCACGGACGGGAUUACCGUUGGACAGCUAAAUCCAGCCACAAACACUUUAAAAACUAUGAAACUGAUAAAUUUACAGGGAACCGAUUCGCUGUGAGCCAAAGUGACGCUUUUUUCCGACAGCCGGCGUUGUUUCAGCCGGCAGCAGUUCAGCAGCGCUCAGCCGGCGACUCACUCCACAAAAGGAAGAGGAGGCGCGAGAGCGGCGGCAGGAGCAAACACGCGCACCUGCACGCGCCGCCGGUGCUGCUGGUCCAGCCCAAAUCCUCUGGAGCCACUUUCGGCGCUUUCCACCUCAACCCUGAUUUCUAUCUCUACCCGCGACCUCACCAUCAUCACCACCACCACCAUCAUCAUCAUCACCACCACCACAACAGCAGCAACAAUGAGUCCGGCUUCCCGGAGAGCUACAGCAGCGAUACCGAGUCCUGCAGCACAUAUUCGGACGCACAGUGUCGGGACUCGGACUUCGGGUCCGGGUUUUCCAGCAGCAGCUGCAGCAGCUCCGAGGAGGAGGUGGAUGAGGAUGAUACGCAAUCGGAGAGUUCAGAGGUCAGUUCGGAUGAAGAUGAGGAGACUUCAUCUCAGUCCGACUCCAGCUCUGUCUCAAGUCGCGUUUCGGUCCAAAGUAUCCGAUUCAGACGCGCACGAGUGGGUCUCCACGCGGGGAAAGCACCUUUGGUCCUACAGCCCACUUUUCACUACAACCAGCAGCACAGGACGCUGAGUCACACCGACAAGAAUCCAAACUGUGAUUAUGGUGAAACAAGGAAAGACUCUUUACAGUUAAACCCAGAUGCUGGGGGAAAUAUUUUCACCAAACCUGCAAAAGAAAAAGUUUGUGAUGAUGAUCCAAACAGGACUGAGAAGGAAUUGGUCCCUUAUUCAUCUGGACAGGAGCUGAGCAAGGCCUCUCAUCCAGUUUCCUUCAGGUCCAGGGGAUUCAGCCCACAGGAUGACAAUUACAAGCCCCAAAAAUGCGCCGACAGACGGGAGAAGCUGAAAGUUUGCACCCCGCCGAAAAAAAUAAAGACUGAGUCAGAGGAGCCCCCCGCAACCGCGUCCCCCCUCUCCGACAGCAGCAGGUCCGCCUUCAGUCUGAGCAAUGUGAAAGUUAAAGUGGAGGAAAGCUGCGAUGAAUAUGAAUACCUACAGAGCCAGAGCAAAUGGAAAGGAGAUAAGGCAGAUCUCAGCGGAGCCAUCAAACAUGGAGUCUUUUCUAACAGCGGGAUUAAAGCGGCGGAGAAAAGCCCCGGCGUGGCCCCUGGGUCCCCCUGCGAUUCUCUGCAAUGCAAAAGCAGCCAGGACGCGCCGUGCGCGGAGGAGGGGGAGCAGAGAAAGAAAACCUGCAGGGCUUCGGGGCGGGAGGCUAAAAAACCCCGAAUUUCCAGGACGCAUACAAAACAAAACGUGCCUAGAGUCAACACGGCUCCCUCUUCCUCCUCCUCAUCUUCUUCGUCUUCAACCACAGAGGAUUUACGGAGCAGACGCAAACGCAGCACCGCCAGCAGCACAGCAGCAGCAGCAGGGGCUUCUCUUGCAAAAAAACCUUUCACCCUGAUGGCAAAUUUCCCAUCCCCACCGUCGCUGAUCGUGGACAGCAGCGGGGAUUUGUGCCCUGCUUACUCCCUGAGCUCACUUAGGGGCCCGGGGCCUCCUCCUCCGUCCCACCCCGUGUGGAAGUGGCAGCCAGGCGGUCAGAUUCUCCCUCCCCCACAGCACACUCAGAGAACCAGGAAAUACUGAGCUGAGGCAAAAUAAAAAAAACCUUAUUCAUCUCCAACAUACCCUUUGUCUUAAAGU